AUGCCUCGCUCCAGCCGAGCUCUUGUGUGCCUGUCCCUGGUGGCCGCAGGAUACGUGGUCACCCGGCUCGGGGCUUUCGUGGCUGCGCCGGCCACGCCAAAGGCUCCCCGAACGCAGCUGCAGGCGCGCGGCGGCGGUGAGUAUGACAUCAGCGAUGCCGACAUUCAGACCUUCUACUCCUCAUUGCUGACUGGCAGUGGAGGCGACCCCCCCAAGGGCACCGUGCUGUCUGAGCUGGUCGUCAAGUUCUUUCAUGGUGAGUUCACGCCUCAGGGCUUCAAGCGCUACUCGGGACUCUGGAAGGGCCCACCCCCAGGCAGCAUUGGCAAGAAGGACAUCAGUGUGGGCGUCGCAGGCCUGAAAGCGCAGAUGGCCAACCCGAUGUUCGUGACGAAGGGCGGCGUCGGCUAUGGCGUGGAUGAGACGCAGAAGGUUGCCGAUGACGGCAAGGGCUGGGUCUGGCUGGCCGCUGAGAUGAGCCCCGGCGGGCUUGCCUUGGAGCUCUUCAAGUCCGUCCCCUAUGGUAAGCGAGCCCUCCUGGUCGCCAAGCAGAGCAACGUCGACGAGCUUUUCAACGCAGUGAAUUGGGACGUCGCACUGGCCAACGUCGAGAAGACCUUCGGCGGGCCUCAGAUCAAGCAGCGUUGA